UUCAAGAUGAAGAUUCUACUCUUAUGUUUGGCAGCAUUUCUUGCGCCUGCAGCAUCCGAAGACCGCAAUCGCAUUAUCAACGGACAACUGAUCGACAUAUCUGAGGUUCCCUAUCAAGUUGUAGUAUUUGCUGAUAAUUCGCAAUGCGCUGGUACAAUUUUAUCCAAAGAUUGGAUCUUAACAGCUGGACACUGCUGCACUUCAACUUCGGCUUCCAAUUACAAGAUUCGAGCGGGUACUACCAACAAAACGCAGGGUUCCCUAUUAUCAAUAUCUCAAGUCAUACGACAUGAUGGAUUCAGCAGUACCACAUACGCAAAUGAUGUUUGUGUGCUUAAGCUAUCAUCAUCUCUAGUAUUUAGUAAUACAAUUAAGGCAGGAGUAAUUGCUUCGUCGUUCCCACAACAAAAACAAAACGCUUUGAUUGCUGGCUGGGGUUACACCACUUUAAACGGUCCUAGUUCAGACCUUUUGCGCUAUGGAUACGUCACAGUCAAACCAAAUAAUUUUGUAGUAAAUCUCCUAGGAGGAUUGUUUAGCCUUUUGGGUGUUAACAAACAAGCAUCAACAUUGUUUUACACUGAAAAUGAUGCUAUUACUAUUUGUUUUGGAGAUUCUGGGUCACCGCUAGCUGACCAAUCUGGAAUGAUAAUUGCCAUUGCUUCAGCUACAACAGGAUCUUGCAAUACCAAUAAGAAUUACUUUACUAAUUUGAAUGCUCAAUCUGUAAGAAGUUUCAUUACUAGUAAAACAGGUCAGCGGCGCAUAAAUGUCCGGGUAGGUUCCGCCGACCGAUCAAGUGGAGGUCAGCUUUUGAGUGUAACCAGGAUUAUCCAGCAUGCUGGUUACAAUCCUCGUACUGUUGAUAACGACAUUGCAUUACUCAAAGUAGACCAAGCAAUCAAUACGGCAACACUUGUUCAAUUGCCAAACACUGUACCUAGAGAUAAUACUGUCGUAAGAGUCACUGGAUGGGGUCACACAAGUGAAGGUGUGUCACCCAGGUAUUUGGGAGCUGUAGGAGUUAUCAUGGUCAAUAGAGCCACCUGCCAGAAAAAAAUACGGAGCCAGUCCAUUACAAGGAAUAUGAUCUGCGCCGCUAGUAAUGGCAAGGAUUCUCGCCAAGGUGACUCUGGUGGUCCAUUGAUGUUUGGGAAUACCCAAGUUGGUGUUGUGUCCUGGGGUGGCGGCUGUGCUCAGCCAGAUUAUCCAGGAGUAUACACCAAUCUUGCCAAUUCUAAUAUUGCCAGAGUUGUUUCGAAUAAUUCAAACUGAAUUCAUUUUUAUCAAUAAACAUUGAUGCAAACUA